UCGUCCUUCCUUCCCACACAUCACCACCAUACCCCAGCCCAAGCAUUCCGUCCCCGUCCCCCUACACGCACAGGGAGAGAGAGAGAGAGAGAGAGAGCGAGCGAGCAAAGGAGGCAAGGGCAAUCGUCGCGAGUCCAGGGGCACCUCCUCAAUCCAGCCCACCCUCGCCGCUCCCUCCACCGCCGUCCUAGGGUUUCCUUCCUCCACUCCAAUCGCGCAAUCGGACCCCCCAAUCCCAACCAAUGUCAAUGAAUUUUUCAAUCCAAUCGGAGGGAGGGAGGGAGGGACUUGUUCGAUUGGAUUGGAUUGCCGAUUCCAUAGGAUCAUGCCCCCACUUCCACUUCAAUCAACCAAAACCAUCUUUCUUUCAGGAUCCGAAUCCCCCCUCUCUCUCUGAUGUGAUUGAUAGCUUAGGGAUUCCCUCCAUUUAUCCGAUGUUUGUUUUCCACAGGAUGACCAUGAGCGACGAUGGAGACCGCACCUGCCCUCUCUGUGCCGAGGAGAUGGACAUCACUGACCAGCAGCUCAAGCCCUGCAAAUGCGGCUACGAGAUUUGUGUCUGGUGCUGGCACCACAUCAUGGAUAUGGCUGAGAAAGAGGACACUGAGGGCCGCUGCCCUGCAUGCCGAACUCGCUACGACAAAGACAGGAUUGUCAAGAUGGCUGCCACUUGCGACAGGACAGUUGUUGAGAAAAAUGUGGACAAGAAACAGAAGACCCAAAAGGUUAAGCCAAAGGCAGCAACUGUGGAAGCUAAGAAACAUCUUGCUAGUGUCAGGGUUAUCCAGAGAAACCUGGUGUACAUAAUUGGACUACCUGCAAAUUUAUGCAAUGAGAGCAUACUUGAGCGUAGGGAAUACUUUGGUCAGUAUGGCAGGGUUUUAAAGGUUUCAGUUUCUCGGACAACCGGGGCUCCUUCCCAGCAGGCAUCGACAAACAAUAGUAUCAGCGUAUAUAUUACAUAUGCCAAAGAAGAAGAGGCCAUCAGGUGUAUUCAAGCUGUACACAAUUUUGUUUUGGAAGGGAAAGUGUUAAGAGCAUGCUUUGGUACUACAAAGUAUUGCCAUGCAUGGCUACGGAAUAUGACCUGUGGAAAUCCAGAUUGUCUCUAUUUACAUGAUGUAGGCACUCAGGAAGAUAGUUUCACUAAAGAUGAGAUAAUAUCAGCAUAUACAAGGAGUAGGGUUCCCCAAAUGGCGUCUAGUGUUUCUCAAAGACGUUCAGGGACUAUACUACCUCCUCCGGCAGAUGAUUUCUCAUAUAGUGCAGUGGUUGCAGCUAAACAUACAACCAAGAAUGGGAUAAAUAAUACUGCAAACCAGUCCAGGCUUUCACCUCCAAAUAGUAGUUCUGGGAGAUCCACACUUCCACCGGCUGCUUCAUGGGGGCAUCGUGAUUUGAAUACCAGGACGCCAACAACUGGGGUGUCAUCAUCGCAAUCUCUUACUAAAUCAAAAACAGAUCCACAAAGUAAUUCAUUCUCGAGUUCUUCGACUGUUUCAAGUACAAAGCUACCUUCUUCAUGGAAUGAUGAUACAAGCACAGUUCAAAAAAUGACUGAAGAUCAAGAUAGUUUGUCUAAAACCUUGAAGCCAUAUAAGCCUGGUAUUGCAAAGGAAACCCAAGCUGUAACAUCACUGGAGUCAUCACUGGACAUAGAUUUCUCUACCAUACCUUCAGCUUGGAACGAUGAUGAUGUCCCAUCAGAUGUGGUGUCAAAAGGAGGUGAUGAAAAGCAAGAUGUAAAUGAGAAUGGGAAGCUUAUAUGUUCAGUUUCUUCAAAGCCAACUGAAUCAGACUAUCUUGCAUCGAAGCCAUCGACAUCACCAAAGAAAGACAUUGCAGUAAACAGUACCAGGCAAAGCCCUCCAAAUUGUGUAUCAAGUUCAGCAGUUUCCAAAUCAGAAGUAAAGGAUGGUGACAGUGAUUACCAAGUAACCAACAUGGCUUCUAAAACACCUACUUUGGUAGUAGUAAAGGACCAAUCUAAUCAAGCAGCUAUUGACACAGUAAUUGAAGAUACUAGAUCUGAUAGCACAGAUAUUGAUGGGCUAUCAGUUGGAGUAUCUUCGGUAACUUUAAGCAGAAAAGAUGGGGUUCAAAGUAUGGCAGAAAACCAACAGCUGGAUGGAGUCUUAAGUGCUUCAGUUGUGGUGCCCUUGAGUCAGAAUUUGAGGCUUGCUGAUAAUGAGGAUUCUACAUGUCAAGCUAGUUCAGAUAAGCAUCGUGAUUGGUGUUCAGAUCUCCAAAGUAGUGUAGCUCCUCCAUUAAAUGACACAGGAAGUUCUGCAGUAGCCACUGAUAAAUCUCAUGUUAGGGUGCUGGAUGCUACUGAUCAAGCUUCAUCUUCACCAUAUGUCCAUUUCCCUAACACGUCUCCUUUUUCAUUGUGGAAUUGUAAAGAAAUAAGCCAUACUUCCACAAGUGAUAGAACUUCCACAAUGAUGCAACCUGGGCUGUUAUCUUCAAAUGACAGCUCUUCUACCAUGUUUAAUGGACGUCAAGAAGCACUAGGAAAUAUAUAUGCACCUGGUAAGGUUCCUGAACAUCACAUAUUAAGAAACCAUCAGCCUGGAGCAGUUAACGUAGGCGGUGUUGACAAGGCUGUAAGUGUAAAUAAGGAUGAGAGCAGCAUAAUUUCUGAUAUUUUGUCUUUGGAGUUUGAUCCAUGGGAUGAGUCGUAUUCGACUGCUAACAAUUUUGCUAAGAUGCUUAGUGCAUCUGAAAAGAAUAAUGCGCUUUUCGAUGCUCCUUCAUGGAAAACAAAAACCUGCAGUAAUGAGUCUAGAUUUUCGUUUGCUAGACAAGACAACCAAGGAAGCUUCCUAGAGUCAUCUAUGAGAAAUUAUGGAAGUGAGCAGAAUUUCAGUUUGCCAUCCCAAAAUUCUAAUGGAAACAUUUAUCAGAGUGGCAUUUCAUUUAAAUCUCCAGAGGAAGGUUUCUUGAAGAGCAACUCUCUUACUAUGUUGGAUAUGCUAGCCACUGGCACAUCAAAGCCUAAAGUAUCGGCGCCUCCUGGAUUUUCAGUACCAGCAAGAGUUCCUCCUGGGUUUUCGUCUGGAUUUUCAUCUCAGGAGGGGCUGAACCCGCCUCCUGGAUUUUCAUCUCACAAUGGGCCUAAUCCCCCUCCUGGAUUUUCUUCACAGGGUGGAUCUAAUCAGGUCUAUGGUUCAGCAUACUCAGAAACUCGACCAUUUGAUGAUAUUUUGGGUAUAAACACUAGCCAUUAUCAACCUCAGUUAUCUAGACAAUCAAGUGAUAUAGAAUUUAUUGAUCCAGCUAUAUUAGCUGUGGGUAAAGGGCGGAUGCCUGGAAUUAGUGAUUCAGGGUUGGAGAUGAAAACUUCCCCUACUUUUCCAGCACAGUUGCAAACAUCAAAUGAUCCAAGGCUUCAAUUACUUAUGCAGCAGAAUAUGCCUUCCCAUCAAAAUCUUGGAUUUGCAGACCAUAUUCAAGAUGCAUUCAACCCUAUGAAUGAUAAUUAUCUUGCAUCCCGGCUUAUACCUCAGAACCAUGGUUCUCUAUCCUCUUAUGCACAUAUGUCACUCCAACAACCUAGAAGCUCACACCUUACAAAUGGUCAUUGGGAUAGCUGGGGUGAUUUGAGACAAGGGAACAAUGUUUCCAUGCCUGACAUGUCAAGGAUAUUAUAUCCAACUGAAGCGAACAACUUCCACAUGCUGGGUUCAAAUGAUCUGUAUAACAGGGCUUUUGGACUGUAAUUAUCAUUGGGAUAUGCGGCUUGACCUGUCACCCAGUUUAACUUGGGCGUGUCUUCAGUUCUUGAAUGUAAUUGGUUGUACAGGUGUAUACCCAGUUUAUACUCAGCUUGGUAAAUGUUGAGCUUGUGGGUUAACAACAGAGUGUUCGUGAAUGAAAGGUAUUGGAUUCAAUUGGAUCAGCAUGAAUGUGGGUGCUUAAUCAGACGUUUCUAGCACCAGGUUCUGUUUUGGGCGAGAGGAUAUAUAUACAUUAAAAGAUGCAUCCGUGAGAUUGUCCUUCAAGUUUACAUAUACUUGUGGUGGAAGCUAGCUCGAGAAGAUAUAUACUGUUUAGGAUUUGUUUUUUGCCCCUUUUUCUAGUUUUGCCGUCAUGUGGAAAUGUUUUCUUGUUUUUUGUUUUGUACAUGGUAUGUUACUUGUCGCAAGUUGCUGUUCUGAUGCCUAUGAGAUGAUUUUGUUGUUGGGUACUUGGGUUUACUAAACCAAACGUAAACUGCUUAUAGCUGAAUUGGCUGUUGGGUACUGAACUAAAAACAAGGUUGAGUUGGUUGGUGCCCUGUUGACAAUAUCAAUUGAUGAGGACAUUUUUGUUCCUUUUUCUUUAAAUUGUUUGUUCAAGCAAGCAUCUAAGUUCCAUUCAGGAUUUAGGAUGCCGCAUAAGCAGAGUACACAGAUAAUGUCCGUUGUACCAAAAAAAAAAAAAAAAUCGAAAACG